AUGGGGUGCGUGAAGUCCAAGUUCCUCCGGGAUAGAGACAAGGUCUCAAAAAGCGAGGCCAGUGCCAACCCACACAGCCCGUUGUAUGUGCCAGAUCCCACGUCCACGGGCAAGCGGCGACCUGACCCCAACAACGGCAACCCCCCGGGUCCACGGAGGGUAACAGGUUCUAAGGAUAACAUCGUGAUUGCCCUGUAUGACUACGAGGCCAUUCACCAUGAAGACCUCAGCUUCCAGAAGGGAGACCAGAUGGCGGUCCUGGAGGAGUCGGGGGAAUGGUGGAAGGCUCGGUCUCUGGCCACCCGGAAAGAGGGCUACAUCCCAAGCAACUACGUGGCCCGCGUUGACUCUCUGGAGACAGAGGAGUGGUUCUUCAAGGGCAUCAGCCGGAAGGAUGCAGAGCGCCAACUUCUGGCCCCUGGCAACGUGCUGGGCUCCUUCAUGAUCCGCGACAGCGAGACCACCAAAGGGAGCUACUCUUUGUCGGUACGAGACUACGACCCCCAGCAUAGGGAUGCAGUGAAACAUUAUAAGAUCCGGACCCUGGACAACGGGGGCUUCUACAUCUCCCCACGAAACACCUUCAGCACCCUGCAGGAGCUGGUGGCCCACUACAUGAAAGGGAGUGAUGGGCUCUGCCAGAAGCUGACGGUGCCCUGCGUGUCCUCCAAGCCCCAGAAGCCGUGGGAGAAAGACGCCUGGGAGAUCCCUCGGGAAUCCCUCGAGCUGGAGAAAAAGCUUGGAGCCGGGCAGUUUGGGGAAGUCUGGAUGGCCACCUACAACAAGCACACCAAGGUGGCCGUGAAGACCAUGAAGCCAGGGAGCAUGUCUGUGGAGGCCUUCCUGGCAGAGGCCAACCUGAUGAAAACUCUGCAGCAUGACAAGCUGGUGAAGCUGCAUGCAGUGGUCACAGAGGAGCCCAUUUAUAUCAUCACGGAGUUCAUGGCCAAAGGUAGGCUUAUGGAUUUACUGUCAAGUAAUAGACUCAGCCCAGAGCCAGUGAUGAGGGUAUCUCUGUUUUGGGUGGAGAUUUCGGAGGGCAUGGCCUUCAUCGAGCAGAGGAACUACAUUCACCGAGACCUCCGAGCCGCCAACAUCCUGGUCUCUGCGACCCUGGUGUGUAAGAUUGCUGACUUCGGCCUGGCGAGGGUCAUCGAGGACAACGAGUACACGGCCCGGGAAGGGGCCAAGUUCCCCAUCAAGUGGACAGCUCCUGAAGCCAUCAACUUUGGCUCCUUCACCAUCAAGUCGGACGUCUGGUCCUUUGGUAUUCUGCUGAUGGAGAUCGUCACCUACGGCCGGAUCCCAUACCCAGGCAUGACAAACCCUGAGGUGAUCCGGGCGCUGGAGCGUGGAUACCGCAUGCCCCGGCCGGAGCACUGCCCCGAGGAGCUCUACAACAUCAUGACGCGCUGCUGGAAGAACCGCCCCGAGGAGCGGCCCACCUUCGAAUACAUCCAGAGUGUGCUGGACGACUUCUACACGGCCACGGAGAGCCAGUACCAGCAGCAGCCGUGAUGGGGGACCACGGCAGGGCCAGGCUCUGAGGCGAUGCCUGUGAGGUUCACCAGCGCCAUCUGCUAGAUGUCCGCUCACCCUUCUCACUCCCAGACACCCACCCUCACUCCAGCCUCGGUUCCUCAUCUGUCAAGUGGGUGGGCUGGACUGGACAAUCUCUUUCUGACUCUAGCAAUCCACAAUCUGCCAUUCUCAGGAGACCCCAAGUUAUAUUUCUGUUGCCUGGGACAUUUGGAUUCCAGUUACAGCUGUGGUUUGAACAGAAAACUUUAAAAAUAAUGAAAUAUUUAAAUAAAAGAGAGAAAUGCUAAAGGCUACUGACAGGUCAGCUUUUCUUCUAGUUCCUGAAUAUCUAUUUGCCUUUUUGCUGGACAAGUCAGAAAUGGGGAAGGCCCCUCCCCGAAACCAGUAGUACAGAGAAGUGGAGUAUGAUAUGCAAACUGCCCCAAAUAGUUGCUGACUGUGUUAGUUUCCUCUUGCUGCUGCAACAAAUUACCACCAACUUGGUGGCUUGAAACAACACAGAUUUAUUAUCUUACAGUCCAGAGACCAGAAGUGUGGAACGGGUGGGCAGGGCCACCUGCCUUUUGCGGGCACCGGGGGAGAAUCCGUGUCCUUGCCUUUUCCAGCUUCUAGAGGCUGCACAGUUCCUUCCCGCUCUUCACUCCAAACUACUUCAGUCAUCAUAUCUCUGCCUGAGUCUCCGGCCUCCCUCUCUCACUUAUAAGGGUCCCUGUAAUUACACUGGGCCCACUUGAAUAAUCCAGACUAAUCUCCAUCUCAAGAUCCUUAUCACAUCUGUGAAGUCCCUUUUGCCAUCUAAGGUAACAUCUUCACAAGUUCUGGGGAUUAGGAUAUGGACCUUUGUGGGGGGGUGGGGGCGGGGAGGGGGGCAAUAUUCUGCCUAGCACACUGGCACUGGGACUCUGGAUGGGUUUCCAAGAGGCUGGGUCUGCCAGGAUGACAGGAAUGAUUUUUCAUGCUCUGGGACCCUGACUGUCGGGCCAAGCCACAUUGCUACACGAGCUGGUGGAUCUCUACAGCAUUGGGAGCAUUUCCCACGGCCAAGCAGCUACUGUGGUUGCUAAGAUGGUAUCCACCGUUGCAGGAAUCCUGGGGUCUGGAGAUGGGGCUGCUGCGAGGUAUCUGGUUCCCUGCGUGGGAAGCUCUCAGGGGACGGGAGGGAGACCUGGGAAGGAAGCAGAGAAGACAAGGAGGCAUGUUGUCACAGUUGAAAGUCAGCUUUUGUUGUGAGGGGAGCAAUGAGAAGAGGUGACAGUGGAAUGGGCACAAAUGAUACCUUUCUAUAUUACUGAAUUCCUUGAAGGAUCCACAUCAUAGCACCUACCAGGGUCCCAUGGAACCCUAUACUGAACUGAUUCUGUACCCCUGAGUAGCACAGGUCUUAACCUUAGAAACUGGAUAUAAGAACAGUGGAAAAUAAAGCUAUCAGUGUUUCAACUUACCUAGUUGGUAAUUCAA